AUGGUGGUACUUGAAGACGGAGGAAUGAUGACCAGUAAUCCUAACCAAUAUCUUCAACCUGAUUAUUUAACUCCUUUACCGUCUUCUUUGGACUCAAAGAAGAGCCCACUCGCGCUGUUAGCGCAAACUUGCAGCCAAAUCGGAGCGGACACGAUGCCUUCAAAGCCCCUUUUACCUGUGAUUGACAAGAAGAAAUCAGUGAAUAGUGCUAACAGUGAUUCCAUUAGUCGUUCUUCACCCAACGCCCCUAAAGUUGAUAAACCGCGCUCUACUCCGGAAACCAAACAUUUAGCUUUUAAGCCUUAUGAAAACACUGUCGUUACGAAGAAACCUGAAGACACUCGUCCUUCAUCCAAAGCGAGUUCGGACAGUCAAGAAGAUAAAAAAUCUGGAAAGAGUACUCCCGGGCGCAAGUCGACACCUCCGAGCGCAGAAAACGGAAAACAUAGCCCGACUACAGAACAAAAAUCGUCUCCCACCGGUUCCAGCUCCGGCACGAGCCCCAUAAUACGAUCCGGAUUAGAAGUCUUAGGUCACGGAAAAGAUCACCUCGGAGCCUUUAAGAAUAUACCUGGAUUAUCAGGAUUUAAUCCUCUGACUGGACUCUGCUGCCCGCCGGGAAUGGAGCAACAUGCCAACCCUGCUUUUCGCCCACCGUAUGCCGGUGCACCUUUCAGUGGCCAUCACGCUGCUAUGUUAGCGGCCGCAGCCGCUUUCCCGGGAUCUUCACCCAACCCGUAUCUUGGUUAUGCUCGCGUGAAAACCCCUGCCGGCGGUGAAACAUUAGUCCCCGUUUGCAAAGACCCCUACUGCACUGGAUGUCAAUUUUCCGUGAACAAUCACCAUUUGCUAAUGAGCAACGGAUCCUGUCCAGCCGGAUGUACUCAAUGUGAACACCAAAAAUACAACUUGGCAAUGGCGAUGGCCUUGUCACAGCAAGGAGCGGGCGGGCUCCCAUACCCACAAGUCACUCGCCCUUACGUGUGUAAUUGGAUUGUCGGCGAAUCGUAUUGCGGCAAGAGAUUCGGGAAUUCCGAAGAGCUGCUCCAACAUCUCAGAAGUCACACGGCGGAUGGAUCCACUCCGGCGUCUUCGUCUUCGUCGCAGCCCUCCUUACUAAAUCCUCUUAACCCGUUAUUUACGACUGCCGGUCUCCGCAGCGCGUAUCCGACGGCACCUCUGAGUCCCCUUUCGGCGAGCAGAUACCAUCCGUACUCGAAGGCCGGUCUCCCUGCGGGCCUCGGGUCGUCCCCCUAUGGUGCUUUCAAUCCGGCUCUCGGUCCCUUCUACUCUCCGUACGCUAUGUACGGCCAAAGACUCGGAGCGGCCGCCGUCCAUCAAUAA